AUGUCGUUCCAAAGUGUGCCUGUCCCCCGUCCAACUUCCCUCGAUGUAGGCAAUUGUAGGUAAUAAUAUCGCGUUACAUCUAAUCAAGAAAGAAUUUAGCUGCUGUUGAGGAACUGGGUCUGGUUUUUGGGUCGCAAAUGAUUUCGAUUCUUUACGAGAAAUUCGGUAAUUUUAGAUUUGCCGUUUCGUCUUAUGAGACUUGUUUCAGGUAAAAAAUCAGACGCAGAUUGUCAUGCUCGUAUUGUCCAAGUCCCUUUAUGGAUCGGCGAAUUGCUCUUUGGGCUGAUUGAUAAGCAAUGCGAAACGGUGGUAGAUUUUGAAAAACUGGGCGAGGAAAUGGAGUCGGCUCUCAUCGAUGAAAGUACCGUAAUGGAAGAGCAAGAAGAAGACGUGCAUAUUAUCAUGGCUAGAGCAUUUGUUGAAGCUGAAGUUGGCGUAAAACCAAAGCCAAAAAAGAAGGCUCGGCCAAUCCAAUGUCAUCAAGAAAAGGACAAAAGGUUGUGCUUGCUGGUCCAAAUGACCGAACUCUUUCCACAGUACGACAAAAAGGUCAUCAAGCAAGUGUUGGAAGAGAAAAAGUACGUUUUUAAUCCAUUUUUAGUGUCGAUAUUUUUCCUGACAAUAUUAAUUAUUUAAACUUCAGCUACGAUUGUGAGCUUGUUGUGGAUGAAUUGGCAAUUGGAUCAACCGUAGGUGAUAGGAAAGCAGGGGAACCUCAUACUCAGAGAGCCCCGAUAAUAAUUCAAUCGGAAGCCGUCCCCAGAUCCAGCUCCACGUCUGCUUUGAGCAUCAUGACUGAUUCCUCGGUAAGACUGGAGUGGAUCCGUUUUUUCUUUUCAAAACCAUGUGAACUACUAAUUUCUAAAUUUAUUUCAGGGUUUGAGUACCAAUAGUUCUUCUUCUUCAUCUUCCACUACACCGGCAGGACAACUAACUGCAGUUGAUUAUUAUGAGAAGGCCGCGCAUUACAGAAAAUUGGCCGCAGGCUUGCCCUCAAAGUUUGAUCCAGCAUAUCCUCAGUAUUUGCGCUUGGCUCGUGAGUGUUCGCAGAAUGCUAAGAGACUGCAAGAAGAGGAAGAGAACGACGUCGCUUUACAUGUUACUGAUGUUCUUGAUUUGCACGGAUUUGAGGUAGCGAGAGCCGUGAAAAUCUUGGAUAAGGCUAUAAAGACAUUGAAAGGUAAAAUUUCUAUUUGUUAAAUUAAGGUAAUUAUUAUCAGAAAAGCAUCCGUAUCAACGGUACUUGGAAGUAAUCACAGGAAAAGGCAACAGAAAUGCAAAGAACAAGUCGCCUUUGCGUGAUGGAAUUCAACUAUGGUUAGAACAAAAACAGAUUCUGUAAGCGUUAUUCAGCGUUCAGUGUAUUGAAUGCUACUGAAACUAGGGCAGUUAAAUUGAAGUCAAUUCGGGCAUCAUUUUUUUCGUCCUAAAGUCUUGUUGCGUCACGCGCUUUGAGGGCAUAACUUUUCUCCCCAAAAAUUCUGUCGAAAUUUUUGUAAGAGGAAAUAAUUUAUCAUCAAACGCCAUAACUAACUUUACAAGUUGAAAUGAAGUUAUUUAGACAUAUAAAUUUAGAUAUUCCCAAGAUUCCCGGAACCUUGGCUCAUUCAAGGUGAACCUGUGCCGCCUUUGA